GAUAUCUCAAAUCAUCAUCUCAACCCUGCAUCGUAAAGUGUACGAAAUAGCCCCUCCCACUUUUCAUCGCACCUCAAAGUUAUUUCCCGUAUUCCAUGACAAUGUCGAUCAUGGAGGCGUUGGAGAUGACUUCCUGGGUGAAGCUAUCUCAUUAUUCUGCUGAGCAGACAGCUCUAUGCAUCGCCAUUACGAUCCUAGUCACGCUUGUGUUGCGCGCAACCAUCGGCACUAAAGAAACAAGUUCCCUCCCUAUCAUAAAUCCGAGGAAACGAUUCGAGUUUUCAAACUUAGAACGUAUCGCCGACUUUAAAGUCAAUUGCCGAAAACUAUUUCAAAAAGGAAGAACCAUGUAUCCGGAGCAACCCUAUCGAAUGAUCUGCCCCGAGGGCGAGGUGAUAGUUAUGCCUCCCUGCCUCAUCAACGAAGUACGAAGUGAUCCUGCACUCGUAUUUGUUGGAGUCGAUAAGGAAGAUAGCCACUCGCACAUCCCUGGAUUCGGCCCAUUUGCCUUUCCUGAAGAAACAACAACUCUGGUGAACAAAUAUUUGAACAAGAUCAUAGGCAAGCUCACUGGGCCAAUAUCGCAAGAGGCAGGGCUGGUCGUUGCUGAGCUUUUGUCUGACUGUCACGAUUGGAUCACCAUCAAACCAUCCGAAUAUAUUCUCUCAAUGGUUGCUCGCGUAACUUCAAGAGUAUUCCUCGGCGAGGAGAUGUGCCGUAACAAAGAGUGGACUCAAGCUUCCUCCCAAUACGCCCCCGCGGCCUUUGCUGGUGCAGGAGAAUUGGAAGGCUGGCCAGCGUCUCUUCAUCCUUUGAUCCAUUGGUUUCUCCCAAAAUGUCAAGAUGCUCGCGCCUGCCUUGCCAAAGCCCGACAUGUUCUCCGGCCAUACGUCGAGGAACGUUGCAAGUUGAAGGCGUCAGCCCAGAAAAAAGGGGACCCUGCGCCCAUUUUUGAGGAUUCAAUUGAAUGGUAUGAACAAGUGAUCAAGCAUGCUUAUGAUCCGACGGUACCCCAGAUGAGUUUAUCCAUGGCCGCCAUUCAUACAACAAGCGACCUGCUCAAAGAAACAAUGAUACGAAUUGCUCAACACCCGGAACUCUUUGAGCCUCUUCGAAAAGAGGCGCUCGAAGCAAUACGCCCCAACGGCCCAACUAAGACAGCUCUCUUCAACCUGAAGUUGAUGGAUAGUGUAAUCAAAGAAACUCAGAGACUUAAACCACUCUUGAUCUCUUCUAUGCGUCGCAUCGCACUCAAGGAUAUAACGCUCUCCAAUGGACUUGUUAUUCGCAAGGGCCAAAAGCUCGUGCUGGAUAAUUUGCAAAUGCAAGACAGUACCUGCUACGAGGAUCCUCUCCGAUUCGAUGCUUAUCGAUUCUUACGAAUGCGUCAAAUACCAGGCCAAGAGAACCAUGCGCAAUUGGUAAGCACAAGCAUUGAGCACAUGGGAUUCGGGUAUGGACUUCACGCAUGUCCAGGACGUUUCUUCGCUGCCAACGAGAUCAAGAUCCUACUGUGUCAUCUGCUAUUCAAAUAUGAGUGGAAGCUCGUGGACGAUUGUGUUCCUCAGCCAUUCGAUGUUGGAUAUGCCGUUGUCAGAGACCCUGGAGUAGAGUUAAUGAUCAGAAAGCGACAGCCGGAGAUGGUCAUUGAUGCACUUGAAUGAUUCGAUUUGAUUAGACAAUGGAGUAUAUUACUCCCUAGUCUUUCUCAGGAAACCUCGCUCAUGGCUCUACGCAGAGUUUUGUUGCUUGAAGGUCGUUAGCGUCUGGUCAGACUUUCUUCCGGGACAUACAUAUAGAUACGUUAAUUUCGCUAUUUUCUUUUUUGGUUUUACCU